UCUGUAAAUGUGUUUUGUUUGGUUCACUAACCACACAAGUAUUUGAUAUAAAAUGGAACUCUUCCAGCAGACAGUUUAAGGUAUUCCCUGUACUCUGAAAAUCUCCCAUAGCUUUGUUAGGCGACUUCCCUGGGAAUCUGGUAGAYCUCUGUUCAUAUUUAUUCUCUUUAUUUCAGGAUAGAUGUUUGGGUUAAAAUCAGUGGCUUGAUCACAAGUCUGUGGGCUCUUCUGGCAURAGUCUGAUUUACAGUGGAUUUUUUAAAAACCCAGUGUGUCAAUAGGGAAUGGUCCCUUCUUCUGAGACUUUUAAAAUCAGAAUCAUUUAGGUUGGAUAAAGACCUAUAAGAUCAUAGAAUCCAACCAUUAACCCACCACUAAACCCUGUCCGUAAAUUUACACAUCUACAGUGGCUUUUAAAUGCCUACCAGGUGGUGACUCAGUUCCCUGGACAGCCUAUUCCAAUGGUUAACAAGCCUUYCCAGAAAAAAAAUUGUCCCAAUAUCCAAUCUAAACCUCCCAUGGCACAACAGGAGGUCAUUUCCCCUURUCCAGUCACUUCAGCCUCCUUUCARGGSAUUGUAGAGAGUGAWAAGGUCACUUGUGAGCUUCCUUUUCUCCAGGGUAAAAACCCCCAGCUCCCUCAAUCUACUGUUCACCGAGUCCUUUCUAUGUAUUUGUAUGGCAGUAGAAUCCAUGGAUGAGAAGGUGGCUGUGUAGGCAGAAGAGAGGUGACAGCAUAAAGCAGAAAUGGGUGUGAGGGCUGUAUAUGACUAAUAAAUGUGUGGAGGGAGAGAGUUGUCUAUUGAAAAAUGUCUUUAUGCAUAGAAAGAUAAUGGAUCUUUGUGUGUGUGAACACUUCCAAGUAGAAUACGUGCAAUAUUUGUGUUGAGAUSCAGUGUGUGAUAAAUGGACAGCAUCUGCUGCACACUUUGUUAAAGCUGUUUAAUAUCUGCAUAGUAACACAUGCUCUGUGUGUUCUUAAUGCUUUACAGCCCAGAAUGAUUCAUCUAUUCUGUAUCUUACCAGAYUGAGCAACUGACACAACAUAAAGAAAAUCUAAAAUUUGGGAAACUUGUGGAAGUCCAGAAAACUUUAGCUCAACAUUCGUUGUCAGUUGUUGGUCUGUUUGAUGGUUUGCUUUGGAAAUGAGUAAAAGCUCUACUCUUUCCUACUCAAAUGCUUAUUUAAUUCCACGCUUUAGAAAUCACAAGAGAACUGUACUGUUAAUGCUGGGGUUAACUGAUAUCAGCUAAGCAGCCUGACUGCUUCGAUGGUUUUCAUAAUUACUGCCUUGUUACGGAGUCAUCAGAAAAUAUAAGUGCAGUACAUGCCAGCCUUGAUGAAGUUUGAUGUUUACAUUCUGUUUGGUAYGUCAGAAGGUUUCUAGAUUGGAGAUAAAUGAUGUCUCUUCUUCUCCCUCUCUAAGAUACUACGCAUACCUUCAGCAAGCUCCAGCAUUUUACUCGUUUCCGUUCCAUCAGAUGAUGACUGCAGUGCCCAACAUGGAAAUGACCACGGAGCAGCCGACUCCUGAGGGCAUUCCAGARCCAAACAUUGCUCAGGAGCCUCCAAAAGAAGUUAAAAAAGGAGGAAGGAAAAGAAAAGCCAAAGCAACUGAGCCAAAGCAACCUAAAAAGYCUGCUGCUAAAAAAGAAAAACCAGCCAAGUCAAAAGGCAAACAAGAAAAGAUCACAGAUACUUUUAAAGUCAAAAGAAAAGUGGACCGUUUUAAUGGUGUAACUGAAGCUGAACUUCUAACCAAGACUUUGCCUGAUAUUUUGACCUUUGAUCUGGACAUUGUAAUAAUUGGCAUAAACCCUGGCCUGAUGGCAGCUUACAAGGGACAUCAUUACCCAGGACCUGGAAACCAUUUUUGGAAGUGUCUGUUCAUGUCUGGCCUAAGUAAGGAACAACUGAACCAUAUGGAUGACCACACCUUGCCACAUAAAUAUGGGAUUGGAUUUACAAACAUGGUUGAAAGGACAACACCUGGAAGCAAAGACCUCUCCAACAAAGAGAUUCGGGAAGGUGGGCGAAUUCUGAUGCAGAAGCUACAAAAGUAUAAACCUCGUAUAGCAGUUUUCAAUGGAAAAUGUAUUUAUGAACUUUUUAGUAGAGAAGUUUUUGGAAUUAGAGUUAAGAACAUGGAAUUUGGGCUGCAGCCACACAAAGUGCCAGAUACAGAAACUCUCUGCUAYGUUAUGCCAUCGUCCAGUGCCAGAUGUGCUCAGUUUCCUCGGGCACAAGAUAAAGUGCAUUAUUACAUAAAGCUGAAAGAUUUAAGGGAUCARCUGAAGGGCAUUGCACCCAACACAGAGGUGCAGGAGGUGCAGUACACAUUUGACCUGCAGCUUGCACAAGAGGAUGCUAAAAAGAUGGCUGUCAAAGAGGAGAAGUAUGACCCAGGCUAUGAAGCAGCGUAUGGAGGAGCUUAUUGUGACCGUGCACCGUAUGACAGUGAGCAGUGCAGCUUCUCUUCAAAUGGAACUGCAGGGAGCAAUCCCCAGUACUGCGAAGGGUCGUCCUUGGGUGAAGUUGCUAAUGGCCAAUGGAUGCCACAGUCCUUUGCAGAGCAGAUUCCAGAGUUCAGUGCUGCUGUGACACRGGAAGAGGAGGGAAGCAGCGUGUAGGAUCUGUUCCUUCUUGGCUAUGCACACGUGCUGCAGUUUUAAUGCAGUCAUCAAGAUUGGUACCUCGGUUCUCCAACUGAAGCAUUUGAAUAGGAUUUUAUCUCCCCUAGUUAUUUUAUUAUAGUCCAAAGUAAGUGUGUGGUAGGCUGAAAUCGAUGAACUAGAUAAUUUUAAGGAACUGUCCAAACUUUUUAAAAAAAAGUUAGCCCUUUUUUGUAUAUGAGUUUUAUAUUUAAUGUAUGCCAUCUCUUGCAGUUUUUGACAAAUUGCUUUCUCAUUUGUGAAAAUUUCUUUGGGGUGUUAAUUUUAUUCCAUAAAUGGUAAUGUGGUAGUAACAGCAGCAGUAUAGUUUUUUACUGAUGCCYUUGGAUAUCUCAUAAUACUUUUCUAUCCAGAGGGCAAAAUGGAAAGUGUACCCUUAUCUUAUGUGAAGCUCUGUUUUUAAUCAUGCACAGUUAAGGAAAUGGUGCUUUUUAAGUCUGCCUUUUAUCGUUUUAAAAAUUAGAGAAAGUUUUGUUCUGCAGCUGUGAGUGCUGUCUUCUGGGUGAGACAAGAGAGCUCUGUCUGUUCAGUGAGUGGACCAUAUUUGGGAUGAAGGGAUUGAACACAUCAUCUCAAGUCACAACUCUUGGGGAGGAGAAUUCAUGUCACAAGGGUGUUCCCUUUAUUCCUCUUUAAAGUAAAAACCAGAGUUGAAUAUAGGGGCAGGUAUUCCAUGAAUGAGAAGUUGUCUGUAGAAACUGAAACUCUCUUCUGAGAACUUGCCUAAACGAUACACAUUUUUGGCCAAUAUUAGUGACUGAGAAUGAAAUCAGAUUCCAUCCUGGUGCUAACUCUCACCUUCUUUCCCUCUUUUAUCAUGUGAGGAAAAGAUGAAGUAAAAGCAAUAAGCUGAUCAAAACACUUAAGUUUUGAUGAUCUUAUGACACUKGGUGCUUCACAUACUUGAAAACAGAUACAAACAGUAUCUCCACACUCCMUGCUGGUCAGAGAUUCCUGUACCAGUGUGAUUUAUCCUCUCUUCAGCCAGUGACAGUUGUCAGUUGUGUGUGACAGUAAGGGCAGGUUCUGAUCCUGCUGUAACAGCUCUUACUGAGAUCACACACUGUCAACCUGUUGCACAGUAGGCAUGAUGUUUACAGUUUCUUCCCAAAUUACGUGGCUUAAUUCUGAGAAUCUYAAAAGAGUGUGCAUUAUGAUUCUGAUUGUUUAUUAGCUGCAGCAUAAAGCUGUUCCACAUAUUGUCAGAAAGGUAUAGGACUUGUCUUGUCUGUUAUUUAAAAGUGUACUGUAUCAUAUAUUGCUGUUUACAUGGAUAUUUUCCUGCAGGUGCUCAAAGUAUCUUGCAUCAGGGAUUUGUUACAAUUCACUUUAUUUUCAACAAAAUUGGAAGCAUGAAAUUAGCACUGCUGAGUAUGUAGCACAGUAGGAUGUAACUCCUGAAAGGCUAUCCUGUUUGAUUGAAGGGAAAGGUCUCUUCCUGAAUGGAGACACCCACUUGGUUAUCUGGGUAUAAAAYACAGUUAAGUGUACAAUGACCAUUCCACUAAAUACAGCAAUUAUGUAUGUCCUCCCUCAAAACCGGUGCUCUUUUUUUUUUAAUCUGUCUUAAAUCUAUCAAUGUUUCACAAUAAAAUCAGGAAUUGUACUGCAGUAUAUUGGAAUGUGCUUUUUCAUCUUGCUAAGUACACUACAGGAUGUGUCAUACACAGAAAUGSCACAAAAGAGAGUCACCACACCACAGAACUGAGUAACAAGUGCCCAAAGUUUUCAUUUCAGGCUGUUUGAUGUGGGCUAGAUAACUAAACACUUUUUGUACAUAAUAUUGCUGGUAUCUCCUGUGAAGAUUUUUCUACCAGAAGACAUUGGAAUCUUACUUAUAAGGACCUUAAAUUAAAACAUGCUGUCUGGCACUGAAUUUCACCUCUGUAAGUGUUAAAUAAAAAUAUUCCAUUGUCAAGUAAACUCG